CUCUAGAUAUGGUCGUCACUCUUCUUGAAAUUGCAAGGAUCUUUGCAACUAAAGCCCCCGGGAAGAUCGAUGCUGAUGUACUACAACUACUGUGGAAGACUUGUCUUGUUGGAGCUGGUCCUGAUGGGAAACACACUGCAUUAGAAGCGGUUACCAUAGUUCUCGAUUUACCACCACCACAACCUGGGUCAAUGUUGGGCCUUACAUCAGUUGGCAGGGUAUCUGCUUCUGAUCCAAAGGCAGCCCUGGCCUUACAGAGAUUAGUACAAGAAGCAGUAUGGUUCCUUGGAGAAAAUGCAAAUUAUGCUGCUUCUGAAUAUGCUUGGGAAUCUGCAACCCCUCCUGGUACCGCAUUGAUGAUGCUAGAUACAGAUAAAAUGGUUGCUGCUGCCAGUUCCCGCAACCCUACUCUAGCUGGUGCAUUGACUAGGCUACAGAGGUGUGCAUUCAGUGGCAGCUGGGAGGUUCGGAUCAUUGCUGCUCAAGCUCUCACAACUAUGGCAAUAAGAGCUGGUGAGCCUUUUAGGCUACAAAUCUAUCAAUUUUUACACACUAUAGCAGAGGGCGGAGUGCAGUCUCAGUUUUCUGAGAUGCAUCCCAGUAAUGGAGAAGACCAGGGAGCUAGUGGCACAGGCCUCGGAGUUCUAAUCAGUCCCAUGAUAGAGGUUCUUGAUGAAAUGUAUAGGGCACAAGAUGAUUUGAUCAAGGAAAUGCGCAACCAUGAUAAUGCUAAUAAGGAAUGGACAGAUGAAGAGCUUAAGAAACUCUAUGAAACCCAUGAAAGGUUGCUUGAUCUUGUUUCUCUGUUUUGUUAUGUUCCAAGAGCAAAAUAUCUGCCUUUGGGGCCAAUAAGUGCAAAACUUAUCGACAUCUAUCGCACUAGGCACAAUAUUAGUGCAUCAACUGGUUUGAGUGAUCCAGCUGUUGCUACUGGAAUUUCUGAUCUUAUGUAUGAAUCUAAACCAGCAGCUGUAGAGCCUGAUGCGCUUGAUGAUGACCUUGUAAAUGCUUGGGCAGCAAACCUUGGUGAUGACGGACCGUUAGGAAAUAAUGCACCAGCAAUGAGCAGGGUUAAUGAAUUUCUAGCCGGUGCUGGAACUGAUGCUCCUGAUGUUGAUGAGGAAAACAUCAUCUCUAGGCCGUCAGUUGGUUACGAUGAUAUGUGGGCAAAGACCCUAUUAGAGACUUCAGAACUGGAGGAAGAAGACGCGAGGUCAUCCGGGACAUCUUCACCUGAAUCAACAGGCUCGGUCGAAACUUCCAUAUCAUCGCAUUUUGGGGGAAUGAAUUACCCUUCACUUUUCAGUUCACGGCCGGAGAGGUCUGGAGGAAGCAGAUGUAGCAAUCCAUCUAUGGGGGGUCCCUCAUUCAGUGAGGGUUUAGGAUCUCCAAUUAGAGAAGAGCCUCCGCCAUACUCGUCACCUGCAAGGCUGCAACGCAAAGAUUUGAGUCGUUUGAGAAUCCCUUAGCCCCCAGAUCCCAGAGUUUUGGAUCCCAAGAUGACGAACGCGUUUCUUCUGGAAAUCCUCAACAUGGAACAGCACUUUAUGACUUCACUGCUGGUGGAGAUGAUGAGUUAAAUUUAACAGCUGGAGAGCAGGUUGAUAUCGAGUACGAAGUGGAUGGCUGGUUUUAUGUAAAGAAGAAACGCCCUGGGAGGGAUGGGAAAAUGGCUGGUCUGGUCCCAGUCCUCUAUGUUAGUCAGGCUUGAAUUGCAGAUUGACCUGCUAUUCUUGGUUUCGCACCGUGGUAUAUCAGGCAGUGGGCUUGCUUGUGGUACCUGGAAGUUUAAAUCUCCAGUUUGGUGCCACAUUAGUGAAUCUCCUGGUACAUCCAGUGUUUGAGCAGUGGGAGUCCCGUGAGAAUCAGGCAGGAUGUUGGUCAUUGUUCAUAGUUCUUGGUUGUAUUAUAUGUUCACAUUUGUUUAUAGUUCUUGGUUGGUUUAUAUGUUCACGUUGCUAUACUUUAAUUGUGCUUUUGAUUUUGUUACUACAAAAGGUGUAGACCCUAUUUGAGUG